CUGUCCCUGAUGAACUAGGGAGUGGACCAGAGUUCUAUAAUGUAGACUUUACCUUACAGACCCAGCUAAGAAUGGCCACAGGGGCCCCACCACCACCACAACCCAACAAAGAUUCUUAUGCAAGAAAGAUGCGAAUGAGGGGAAGGCGCUAUCAAAGCCAGUCAGAGGAACUCAAGGGUAUGGUAGAGGAUGCUGAGGAGAAAAAAGUCUCAGGAAAGAACAAGAGAUUGGGUAAAAAGCAAGACUCAGAUGAGCCUGAGAAACUUUUGAAGGGUAGGAAGUGGAACGAGGCAUUAGUGAAACCUAAUCUGAAUUAUAAUGAUUUCUUUAAUGAAGACACUGGCCAAGAACCUGGUCUGGUAGUAUGGCAAAUUGAAAAUUUCCUGCCAGUUUCAGUUGAUGAAUUGUUUUAUGGAAAGUUUUAUGAAGCUGACUGCUACAUUGUUCUCAAGACUAGUUUUGAUGACACAGACCAGUUGUUUUGGCAAAUAUUUUACUGGAUUGGAAAAGAAGCCUCGCUUGACAAGAAGGCUUGCUCAGCUAUCCAUGCUGUAAAUCUAAGAAAUUUCCUUGGUGCUGAGACACGGACUGUGCGUGAGGAACAGGGAGAUGAGUCAGAGGAAUUCUGUGAACUGUUCGAAAAUGGCCUCAAUUAUGUUGAGGGUGGUACAGCUAGUGGAUUUUACACAGUUGAAGAUCCAAUCUACCCUACAAGGCUUUUCAGGAUUCUCAAUCAAUCCAAAGUACAACUUGAGCCAGUGGAAGUGAGCACUUCAUCUCUGGAUCCAACUUUCUCAUUUGUAUUAGAUGCUGGACUUAAGAUGUUUAUUUGGUCUGGAGCAAGGGCAAAAGGAACAAUGAAAACAAAAGGAAGGUUGUUUGCAGAAAAGCUGAACAAAAAUGAUCGAAAAAACAAAGCAGAAAUUAUAAUGUGUGAAACGGGAGAUGAACCUGCCGAAUUUUGGAGAAUUCUUGGUGGUCGUCCAACAGAUGAAAUUAUGGAAAAACCAGAGUACAAUGAACCACCUCCUGUGCCUAUUCUGUACCAAGUAGCUCUAGGACUAGGUUACUUGGAGCUUCCACAAGUGGAUACUAAUGGAGGGAAAUUGAGCACAAAAAUGCUUGAAAAUAAGCAUGUCUAUAUUUUGGAUUGUCAUUCUGAGAUUUUUGUUUGGAUUGGUCGCAAAUCAGCUCGUCUUGUACGUGCUGCAGCAAUGAAGCUCUCUCAGGAGCUUUAUGCUAUGAUUGACCGUCCACAAUUCACUGUUCAGAUACGUAACCUCCAGGGGGCUGAAUCCCAAAUGUUUAAAGCUCGAUUUAUUGGCUGGGAUGAUGUGCUUGCGGUGGAUUACACUCUCAGUGCUGAUUAUGUUGCAAAGGCCUCAAAACAGCUUGGAGUCACUAACAUAACCACAAAAGAAGCACAAGCUAAGCUCCAGAAGGUUGCAAAGGUUGAUCUAUCUGCUUUGUUCACUACUCGGCAACAGCCCAUCCCUAAUAAUGAGCAGGAACAAUAUGUGGAGGAAUGGAAUGAAGAUCUAGAUGGUAUGGAGUGCUUUGUUCUGGAGGGGAGGAAAUUUGUCCGUCUUCCUGAAGAGGAAAUUGGACAUUUUCAUACUGGAGACUGUUAUGUGUUCUUGUGUCGUUACUGGGUGCCAGUUGAACAACCUGAGGGAGAGGAAGAUGAUGAUGAACCAGUGGAACAAGAAGAAGACUUUCAAUGUGUUGUGUACUUCUGGCAGGGAAGAGAUGCAAACCAGAUGGGUUGGCUGACAUUUACAUUCAGUCUUCAGAAGAAAUUUGAGUUGUUAUUUGGUGAAAAACUAGAGGUUGUGAAGACACAGCAGCAACAAGAGGCCCCAAGAUUUCUAGCUCAUUUCAAAGGAAAGUUCAUCAUUCACAAGGGAAAACGCAAGGAGCCAGUGAAACCAGAAGAAAAGAAUAAACCUCAGUUCUACCAUAUCCGCUCCAGUGGCGGCAUUCUGGCCAAGAGAGUGAUUCAGAUUGAAACUGAUGCUAGACAUCUGAACUCUGAAUUCUGCUACAUCCUGAAAGUUCCAUUUGAAAAUUACUCUGAAGAUGGAAUCAUAUAUGUAUGGAUUGGCAGCAAAGUCUCAGAAAGUGAAGCUGAUCAUGCCAAGGAACUCGGAAAUGAAAUUUGGGAUAGUGGCUACACAGUUCAAAUUGUCAAUGAAGGAGAUGAACCAGAGAACUUCUUCUGGGUGGGUCUUGGAGGAAAGAAAGACUAUGAUAAGUCUGCAGAGUACAUCAAUUAUGCUCGUCUGUUCCGCUGCUCUAAUGAAAAGGGGUACUUUUCAGUCUCUGAAAAGUGUUCUGAUUUUUGUCAGGAUGACCUAGCAAGUGAAGAUGUUAUGAUUCUUGACACUGGACAUGAGGUAUAUGUUUGGAUGGGACCUCAGUCCAGUGAUGUUGAAAGGAAGAUGGCCAUCAAAAGUACACAGGUUUAUAUUCAGCAUCUUAUGCAGCUUGACAGUGGUCCAAUCAGGAAGCUGCGCUGCACCUUCAGAGGGAAAGAACCACACCACUUUACCAGAUGCUUUCAUGGCUGGGGCCAAUUUCACGAUCCAAAGAUGUAAAAUUUUGCAAUUUAGUAGCCCUGAGCCACACGGAAAAGACAUUGACAAGCCAUCUUUGAACACAAUGGGUUUUCCUAUCAUACUUCUUUCCUGCCAAGAAAAAGUUGUUGAACACACAUUUACAGGAAUUAAUGCUCGACAAUAGUAUGGCUGCCUUAAUUCUGCAAGCUACAUUCUUAACUUUGGACAAUGUGGUGCUGUUUAUCACUCUGCAGGUUCAAUGAUCAUUAAAAUGCUAGUCUCAGUUUUUCUCUUAUUGAAGGAAUGGAAUGGGUAUAAAUCUGCAAGCAAAGUAUCAGGGAAACAUAAAGAAAUGGUAUGGAAAAUGAGGGAGGUAAUCUAAAUUGGAGCAAUGUCCAAAGAACUUUCAAAUCCAGUUGACUUUGGCAUCAUAUUUUCACUGGCAAGAACAAGUUCUUUCAGUUUUGCAACACCUGAUAAAUGGAAAGUACUCCAAGUGUCAAAAUGAUUCUCUAAGCAACUCCACAGCCUUACACCUGUUUCUACAGUAAAUCUCUUGAAGAAAAUAAACCAUUUUGCAUUAUUUAACAUAGAGUACAAUAGACUUUGUUUAAAUUGAUCUUUAUUGAUAACAAAAUGAAGUUACUCUUGUUGAGAAGGUUAACACACUUUUUAUGUCAAGAUUUACAAAAAAACGUGUAAAUAUUUCUGUGAAAGUGUAAUGAAUGUAGGUUAAUCCUUGCACUUAGAAAGUUUUGAGCCUUUGAAGCAAUUUAUUAAAUGGAAAAACUGCAAAGGAACAUCUUGGUCUAUUGCAUACAAGUAUUCAUUAUUUUGUUGCUGCACACAAUUCUUUAUACUUUUUACUCUAUUGCAUUUAUUUAUUAACUGCAUAUGAUUUAUGCCAGAGUGUUUUUUUAAUAACCUAUAAAAAUAAUACGACUCAAUCACUCAAACCAGCCUGAUUUUUAGAAUUUCCUUGCAGCUUGAUGAUAGACCAAACAUACUGCUACGGCAUACUUUGUCAUCCCCAAAGGAUGUUAAGAAAACAACAUCCUUUUUACACUUCUCUCAGUAUUAAAAAUGACAAACAAUUAAAAAUGAUACAUAUUA